AUGACAGCCAAGCAUUCCGUUCUCUUUGUUUGUCUAGGUAAUAUCUGCAGGUCUACAAUGGCAGAGGGCGUGUUUGAACACCUGGUGAUUGAUAGUGCUGGCACUGGGGACUGGUAUGUUGGCUACCCUCCGGAUGAAAGAACCAUGAAAGUGUUGAAGAAACAUGGUAUCCAUGGGUACAAACAUAAAGGACGACUAAUAACACAAGCAGACUUCACCACAUUUGAGUACGUAUUUGGAAUGAAUCAUGAAAUCAUAUCGGAUAUCACCGAACUAGCCCUAGCAAACAGCACAGCCAAAGUUGCCUUGUUAGGAGAAUUUGAUCCACAGAAGGAACUCAUCAUAGAAGAUCCUUACUUCACUGUUCUCCCGCCUCUUUCAAAACCUCAUGGUUGCUUUUUUUUUUGUGUGGCUUUUUUAGCACACCACUGGAAAAAAAAAAAGAAUAUAUACAAGGUGCACCCCAGUGCCAAGGUGUGCAUGUAA